GGCGCAGGCCAAGGCUGGGGAGUCAGGCCGCGGAGCGUCUGCUCGGUUUGCUCCACAGCUUCGGUUCUUCCGUGGGAGGCGGGCCCCAGCUCUGUUCUCGGAGGCUGCGGUCACGGAGGGCUCUCGCUGUCCGCUGCCUGCAUGGGCCUGAACAGCCUGUCUGAGCGCAAGCCGUGGCAUUUAAAAAAUAUUUAACCAUUCAUGAAUUGAACCUCCUUCUUGAGUUAUGGAUGACAAGGCUUCUGUUGGAAAAAUCAGUGUCUCCUCAGACUCAGUCUCUACUCUUAAUAGUGAAGAUUUUGUCUUGGUUUCCAGGCAAGGAGAUGAGACACCAUCCACAAAUAAUGGAAGUGAUGACGAGAAGCCUGGACUCAAGAUUGUAGGGAAUGGAAGUGAGCAGCAGCUGCAGAAAGAACUCGCAGAUGUGCUAAUGGACCCUCCCAUGGACGACCAGCAAGGGGAAAGGUCACAGCCGGAUGGUGAAGGAGAUGGGCCGCUUUCUAAUCAACUCUCAGCUUCAUCCACCAUUAACCCUGUGCCACUAGUAGGGCUUCAGAAACCAGAGAUGAGUUUGCCAGUGAGACCUGGACAAGGAGACUCUGAAGUGUCGAGUCCUUUCACACCAGUGGCUGAUGAGGAUAGUGUGGUUUUCAGUAAACUAACUUACUUAGGCUGUGCCUCAGUCAAUGCUCCCCGGAGUGAAGUGGAAGCCUUGAGGAUGAUGUCCAUCUUGAGAAGUCAGUGUCAGAUUUCUCUGGAUGUGACCCUCUCGGUGCCAAAUGUAUCUGAAGGAACUGUGAGACUUUUAGAUCCUCAGAUCAACACUGAAAUAGCUAACUACCCUAUCUACAAGAUCCUCUUCUGUGUCAGAGGGCAUGAUGGGACUCCUGAGAGCGACUGUUUUGCAUUCACUGAAAGUCACUAUAAUGCAGAGCUCUUCAGGAUACAUGUCUUUCGCUGUGAAAUACAAGAAGCCGUAAGCCGGAUACUUUACAGUUUUGCCACUGCCUUCCGCCGUACUGCCAAGCAGACCCCACUCUCAGCCACUGCCAUGCCGCAGACUCCGGACAGUGACAUCUUUACCUUCUCUGUGUCUUUAGAAAUAAAAGAAGAUGAUGGUAAAGGUUAUUUUAGUGCUGUUCCCAAGGACAAGGACAGGCAGUGCUUUAAACUUCGACAGGGAAUAGAUAAGAAGAUUGUCAUCUGUGUGCAGCAAACAGCUAACAAAGAACUUGCUAUUGAAAGGUGCUUUGGCCUUCUUCUUAGCCCAGGAAAAGAUGUCCGAAAUAGCGAUAUGCAUUUGUUGGACUUGGAGUCUAUGGGCAAAAGUUCAGAUGGAAAGUCAUAUGUUAUUACUGGAAGCUGGAAUCCCAAAUCCCCACAUUUUCAAGUUGUGAAUGAAGAAACUCCUAAAGAUAAAGUGCUGUUCAUGACAACAGCUGUGGAUUUGGUGAUAACAGAAGUACAGGAGCCUGUUCGAUUUCUCCUGGAGACGAAAGUUCGAGUUUGUUCACCUAAUGAAAGGUUGUUUUGGCCCUUCAGCAAACGCAGCACUACUGAGAACUUCUUUCUGAAACUAAAGCAGAUAAAGCAGAAGGAGUGGAAGAAUAAUGCUGACACUUUAUAUGAAGUUGUGUGUUUGGAAAGUGAGUCAGAGAGAGAGCGGAGGAAAACUACAGCCAGUCCUUCAGCUCGCCUGCCACAGUCUGGAUCCCAGAGCUCCAUGAUCCCCUCUCCUCCAGAAGAUGAUGAAGAAGAAGAUAACGAUGAACCUCUCUUGAGUGGAUUUGGUGAUGUGUCCAAAGAAUGUGCAGAAAAAAUUCUUGAAACAUGGGGAGAACUCCUGUCAAAAUGGCAUCUCAACUUGAAUGUGAGACCGAAGCAGUUGCCAUCCUUAGUGAGAAGUGGUGUCCCAGAAGCUCUUCGUGGAGAAGUCUGGCAGCUGCUAGCAGGCUGCCACAACAAUGACCACUUAGUAGAAAAGUACCGAAUUCUCAUCACCAAGGAGUCUCCCCAAGACAGUGCUAUCACACGGGAUAUUAACCGCACGUUUCCAGCUCAUGACUACUUCAAGGACACAGGAGGAGAUGGACAAGAUUCCUUAUAUAAAAUAUGCAAGGCGUACUCCGUGUAUGACGAAGAGAUCGGCUACUGCCAGGGCCAGUCCUUCCUUGCGGCUGUGCUGCUCCUCCACAUGCCCGAAGAACAGGCAUUCAGUGUUCUGGUCAAGAUCAUGUUUGACUAUGGCCUCAGGGAACUUUUCAAGCAAAAUUUUGAAGAUCUACAUUGCAAGUUCUACCAGUUGGAGCGCCUCAUGCAGGAAUACAUUCCUGACCUGUACAACCACUUCCUGGAUAUCAGCCUUGAAGCACACAUGUAUGCCUCCCAGUGGUUUCUUACACUUUUCACUGCAAAAUUCCCUCUCUACAUGGUCUUUCAUAUCAUCGACCUGCUCUUAUGUGAGGGAAUAAGUGUCAUUUUCAAUGUCGCCCUUGGAUUACUAAAGACUUCCAAGGAUGACUUGCUAUUGACCGACUUCGAGGGUGCCUUGAAGUUCUUCAGGGUUCAGCUCCCUAAAAGGUACCGCUCAGAAGAAAACGCAAAGAGGCUCAUGGAGCUAGCCUGCAACACAAAGCACUGUCUGCUCCAGAGGCUGACUGGGAACCAGAAUCAGCGGGCAGAAGCACACGUUUAAGAGUGCACGAUCCAGUUCUCGUGACAGAUGAAUGGCCAAAGGAGAGCUGUUUGAACCACACUGGAACUUACACCACAUACCAAGUUGGGGGCACUGAGAUGGCUCAGCAAGCCUGACAAGCCUGAGUUCGGGCCCCAGAAUUCACACGGUGGAAGGAAAGAACCAACCAACUCCCGAAGUUGUCCCCUGACCUACAAAUGUGAUGCAUGGCACGUGUGGUAAUGGCACAUAUACACCUAUGUGUGCACACACAGAACAGUGUAAAUAAUGUAAAAAUAAAAUUAAGAAAUGAACCAGUUGGCAUGCCCUAGGUCUUCACCCUCUCCCUAAUGUGGAGAUUCUUACCUGACGACCACAGCAUUUACAGAGGUAUUUACGGAGUAUUUUGCUAAGGGAGAAGAGGGGUCAUGUGCUCAGGAAACCCUGAGUAGGGCUACUCCUCAGAGCUCUGAUUACAGUAGGUAUGAGCCUGCUUCACUUCAGUUACCACCCCACACUUAGACCAGGAGUUUGGUUUUUCUUGAAAGAAACUUAAAACAACUUCAGUCUUGCUGAAGGAUGGCAGUACCUCCUUGUGUAAAGCUGUAAUUUUGGAAGCCUUCUGAUAGAAGUCAGCUAACAUAAGCCUUCUGAGCGCUGGAGCAGAAUUCCUAACUCAUCUUUCCUUCCAAGUUUAACUAUGAGAAAUGUGUCGUGGAUGUCUGAGUGGAGACUGUGUUUCUUAAGUAUUUUCAUGACUACUGUAUGACAGAAAUGUCACAGUAGAGCUCUGUCUUGGCAGUAUGUGUAUGUUGGUAUCUAGAUAUUCCUGCGUCACAAAUGCUGUAGAAAGAACAUGGCCCAUAACAGACCCUGAAGGAGGGCCUGACUGAGUCCUGUUCAAGUAUUGCUCAGACACUGAGGUGCAUGGCAAGCAAAACAGACAUGGAGCACAGAGCAGGAAGGAAGCGGCACCUGAGUAACUGAUCUUGGCUAGGUUCCAGGAGGAGCUGAUACCUCACUGGACACCAAGGAUGCCGAGUUUGCCAGUUUCAAUCAAAGAUAAUAAAAUCUGGAAAUUAGCCUUUCAAAAUGUGUGGUUAUGAGGAAAGUGUUCAUUCUUUCUUAGCCUUGCUUGAGAGUGAAACACUGAAGUACCCUGAAGGUGUAUGAAGAUGCUGUACAGGGGAUGGUGUCUGCUCCUUCUUUAGAAGGAGCUCAAGAGAGCCUUUGUCUUGGCUGCUGUCAUUUCUCUUUUGCCCAGACUGAGAAGAACACCCGUAGAAGAGCAUGCUGCCCAUGAGCCUCAAUUAUUUCCUGAUAGAAUUGGUUUAUGAAUUUACUGAUCUCACAGAUGUUUUAUUUGGGUAUGAUUUUUGUUGGUUUGUUCUGGUGAAUCACUUUAGGACCACAAUAAAAGUUUAAUGGGCAUCUUUGUGGCAACUGUAGCCAGAGCCAAAGAUUACACCCUGACCACCGGCUUUAGGAUAGCAAUGCCAGACUCCAGGAGUAUAGCUCCAGUUGAGGCACAUCUGCUAACAGACCAUACAGAAGUCAGAGCCAGUGAGAGGAUCCUCCAGGAUGCCUGAGCUGGGUCAAAGCUUGACCAGAAGGAAAUGCAGGCACUGGCUGCCACAGCGUGCUGCGGAUGUGCACCUGCUCCCACUUCUGCAUGGAUUUCUUCAUCGGCAGUUCCCUGGACCUGUGAGCCAGGAACAGACUGGAAAAUGAGACAUUUGGUGCUGAUAACUAGAGCUUUGAGAACAAAGAAGCACUAUGCUUACUGAACAUGUCUGCUUCAUCAUGCUGUCUGUUAGAGCUCGUAGUUUAUAUAAUUUUAAAAACACCAGAAAAUGGCUAGGCGUGGUGGUGCACAGCUUUAAUCCCAGCAAUAUGGAGGCCCAGGUAAGCAGAUCUCUGGGUUCAAAGCCAGUUCUAGGACAGCAAGGUCUGUUAUAUAGAAAUUUCAAAACAAAAACAAAAAAAACAGAAUGAGUUAGCUUUUAGAAGGAAUUGAACAAAGGAGAGCUAAAUCUUGAAGUUCACUCUUACUUAGGAUUGAAGCAAAAGAAGUGCCUGCCAGUACAUCAAGGACUGAUAGGUAUAGGAAGAAAGCAAAGAUUCCCCAGAAGAAAGAGAAGUGGUUGGUCAUGAUAGAGCAUGAAAAUCGAGGGAGGAGGAGGACUUGGGGAGAGAGAGAAGGAAGCAUGGUAGUUUCAGAGCAUCCUUUGUCUACAGCCUAUGGAUUACAGUAAGAAAGGACACAGUGGAACAGUGAGAUCUGCUUCUAAGGCAAAGAGAAACAUGCAGAACACAUAGUGGAAAGAGGGCUUGGGCCUUGACUGGAACCCAGUAGCCAGGCCUUCAGGCCCAGACUUUACCGUCAUCCCUUCUUGACAUCUUUAGUCAUAAGACAGAACCUCUUGAUGCCUCAGAUGAGGAAGUGGUGUACCUGGGGAGGGAGGGGCUCAGGUGUAAAGCAUUUAGUGACACCGCUGGUGUGUGCUACAGAAAAUGGUGGCUUAUUAUUAUUACUAGGAUCAAACAGACCCCAAAAUUACAUAGGCAAAGCCUGUAGGUGUUCCAUAGUAGAGUAGUGUUAUUAUUAACUUGGGGGACCAAAUAUCCUUGAUGGAGUCUUGGGCUUAUAUUUGUCUGUCAAGAUUUGCAUCCCAGUGUAGUGAGCACCAUGUCCACAGUACUUGGGUCUGCCCAGGUCAGUAGCAGUGAUCACCUCCAUCGUCAGGUUCCUCAUCUGUGCUGUGACUUCC